AUGAACGAAAAAAUAGAUAAUGAAGUUAAGGUAGAAACCAAAGAAGUGGAUAUAGAAGUAGACACCAAAAAGAAUGUAUUUAUGUUUUUAAAUUUGAAGAAAGAUUGGCCAGUAUUUUUAUCAGGAGCUUUAUGUAUGACUAUAGCAGCAGUUGGAACACCAAUAUCAACAUUACUUUAUGGUUAUAUAAUGGAAGCAUUAUCAAAAUAUUUAAAACAUGAAUUUUUAUCAUAUGAUUCAUUCAUCAAUGAGUGUCUUAAAUUCUGUGGAAUAUUAAUGGCAGUAGGACUAGGUAAAAUGUUAUUAGUUUGGUUUGGAAUGUCAAUAUUUUUAAAAUUUGGAGAAAUUCAACAAAUGAGAGCAAGAAAAGAUGUUUAUUCAAAAUUACUUAAUCAAAGUACUAAAUGGUAUGAUUCAAAUAAAAAUAUCAUGGGAGAAUUAACUCAAGUUGAUAGAUGUAUUGAAGAAUUACGUUCUGGAAAUGCUGAAAUUAUGGCUGAAUCUAUACAAACUGUUGCUUUAAUUAUUGCAUUGAUUGUAAUGUCGUUUUAUCAGUCUUGGGCUAUAACUUUAAUUAUAUUAGCUUCAGCUCCAGUUAUGGCAUGUUUUGCUUGGUUAUUUGGUGGUUUAACUUAUAGAGCACAAGAAGAAGAAAAUGAUCUUAGUGCAAAUGCGAGUAAAGUAUUAAAUUGGUGUAUGACAUCUCCAUUGACUGUAAGAGUAUUCAAUGGUAAAUAUGUCGAAAUGGUUAAAUUUAAUAAAUUUGUUAAUGCUUCUGCAAAGGCAUAUUUUAAAGUUUCAAAUGCAAUUGCUGCUAAUUCAGGUAUUUUAAAAUUUUUAACAUUGAUGAUGUUUGUUCAAGGUUUUUGGUUUGGUGUUUAUUUAUUAUCACAUCACAAGAUUACAAUUGGUCAAUUAUUUACAUGUUUUAGUUCUUGUUUGAUGUUGGGUCAAUCAAUUUCCACAAUUAGUCAAUUAAUGGCUAUUUUAAACACUUCCCAUGCUGCAGCUGGUAGAAUCUCAACUUAUUUGAACUCAUCAUUAGAUGAAUAUGAAAUUACAAAAGGUAUAUUAAAAUAUCCAACUCAUUGUUUUGGUAAAAUUAUCUUUGAACAUGUACAAUUUAAAUAUCCAACAAGAGAUGAAUUGGUAUUAAAAGAUGUAUCAUUUAUGAUUGAAGUAGGUAAACAAAAUUAUAUUGUUGGUAAAUCAGGAGCUGGUAAAUCAACAAUACCAUUAAUAUUAAUGAAAUUAUAUAACAAAACAAAUGGUCAAAUAACUAUAGAUGGAAGUGAAAUUGAUUUACUAGAUUCAAAUUGGAUAUCACAAAAUAUUACGUUAAUUCAACAAAAUCCCGUAAUUUUCAAUGGUACAAUUCGUGAAAAUAUAGCUUUAGCGGUAGUUGAUAAUUAUGAUUCAAUUGAAAAUGUUCCAUUACACUAUAUACAAGCAGCAGCUGAAUUUGCAAUGUUAGAUUUAGAUUUAGAAACCAAAAUUACUCCAUUAUCAUUGUCAGGUGGUCAGCAACAAAGAUUAGCUAUAGCAAGAGCAAGAUUAAAAGAUUCCCCAGUUUUAAUUAUGGAUGAGGCUUUUAGUGCAUUGGAUUCAAGAACAAAAGAAACUUUAAUUAGUAGAAUUAAAAGUUGGAGAUAUGGCAGAACGACGAUUUCUAUAACUCAUGAAUAUGGUUGUAUUGAUCCUGAAAAUAAUGUUAUAAUGAUGGAAGAUGGAUAUGUUAAAAAGCAGGAUAAGUAUCAUAAUUUUAAUAGCCUUGAAUAUGCAGAAGAUACGAGUGAUGAUGAUGAAGAAAGUGAUAUUGAUGAAAAAAAGAUAGAUCCAUUAGUUAAAAUAACCCUGGCUCAAUCAGAUGAAGAACAAAUUAAAAAGGAUGAUAAAUUAAUGGGAAUAUUUGCAAUUUUAAAAUAUUGUGCUCAUACAAUAGACGUUAAAUCACUAAUAGUAAUUGGUAUUAUAUUUUCAGUUCUUGAAGGUGCAGCAUCACCAGUUUUUUCAUUUUGUUUUUCAAAAUUAUUAAGUACAGCAUUAGAUGCAUCAAUAGGUAAACAUAUUACAAAGCCAAUUGUUCAAUGGUCAGCUAUUUCAAUUGGUGUUGCAGUUUUCAUUGGGUUAACAACAUACAUAUCAAAAUUUCUAUUAUAUUAUUCAAGUGAAAAAUGGAUUGUUGGUUUAAGAAAACAUUGUUUCCAAAAAUUAAAUUGUCAAGAUAUGAGUUUUUUCAAAGAAAUGAAAACUGCUGAAAUUACAACUUUAUUAAUGAAUGAUACUAGAGAUUUGAGAAAUUUAGUUAGUACUUUUUUGUCAGUGGUUAUUAAUUUAUUAUCAAUGGUUCUUGUCGGAAUAAUAUGGUCAAUUAUAACAGGUUGGAAAUUAGCAUUAGUUGGAUUAUCAUUUGUACCUUUAAUUUUGAUCAUUACCAUUUUAUACAGUAGAGUAUUACAAACAGCUGAAAAUAAAUAUAAAUCAAGUGUUGUUGUGAAUGAAACUCACGUUCAUCAAACGGUAUCAUCAAUAAAAACUAUAAAAUUAUAUUACAUGCAAAACUAUUUUAUGAAAAAAUUCAAUGAUCAAAUUGAUGAUAUAAUCAAGAUUGGUAAUUAUAGAGCUAUUCAAACAGGUAUUGGAUUAGCUAUAAAUGAGUUUAUAACUGCUAUUGCAACUGGUGUUAUAUUAUAUUUCGGUAUGCAAUUAACUGGUAAAUAUCAAUAUAAUCAACAACAAUUAUUACAAGUUAUUACGUUAUUGACAUUUACGUUAGGUAAUGCAGCAAGUUUAAUUCAUGAAUUACCAGAAGUCACAAGAGGUCAAAGAGCAGGAACUUUCAUUGUUAGAUUAUUAGAACUGAUUCCAUAUUCCAAAAUUGAAAAUGAUGGUGAUGUUAUCCCCAAAACCAAAAAUAUAAAAGAAAUCAUUAAAAUUGAUUAUUUGAAUUUCAAAUAUAAUGAUACACCAAUUUUGAAAAAUUUAUCAGUAGCAAUUGAAAAAAAUCAACUAGUUGGUCUUUAUGGUAAAUCAGGUUCAGGAAAAUCCACCAUUAUAUCAUUAUUAUUAAGAUUAUUUGAUUCAGAAAAUUCACAAGCAAUAAAAAUCUAUGAUCAAGAUAUUUCAACAAUAAAUAUAGAUUGGCUUAGAGAAACAAUAAGUAUUGUACCACAAUUCCCAAAUUUCUUCGAAGGUUCAAUUUAUGAUAAUAUAGUAUAUGGUAUAAAUCCACUAACUCAUAUAAAUGAAGAUGAAUUAAUAAAAUGUUUGAAAUUAUGUAACAUAUAUGAUUUUGUCAUGUCAUUACCAGAAGGGUUAUAUACAAGGAUAGGUGAAGGUAAUAAUUCCACAAUUUCAGGUGGUCAAUUACAAAGAUUAUCCAUUGUUAGAGCAUUAAUUAGAAAACCUAAAAUUAUUUUAUUUGAUGAAUGUACAUCAAAUUUAGAAUCUGGGUUUGAUGUUCAAUUUUUAAAAGAAGUAAGAGCUGCUUUCAAAGAUUCCACAAUUAUCAACAUAACGCAUAGAUUUACUUCAAUUUCAGAGUAUGAUAAAAUCAUAAUAUUGGAUCAAGGACAAGUUAAAGAAUAUGAUACUCCAGCAAACUUAUUAAAUGAUCAUAAUUCAUUAUUUUAUUCAAUGUGUGUAGCUGCAGAUUUGGUUAAUUUUGAACAACUUUAA